AUGCGUUGCGUAGCUGUCUUCCUCGCCGCUGCUGCAGUAGUGGCCUACGGCCAAGUGCAGAACUCCGGCUACGAAAACGCCGAGCAAGUUCAGCCUGCACCAGCCCCAGUUAGCGCCAAUGGUGGAGAUCAACAAGCUUACAACUCUGAUGCUGCAGCAUCAGCUCCCGCUUCACCUCCUCCACCUCCUCCACCUCCCCCACCACCACCGCCAUCACCGCCCGCACCCGUCCAAGGCAGUUACGCAUCUCAACCUCCAGCUUCAUACCCUCCUAUGCAAGGAAGUUACGGAACCUCUCCACCUCCAUCUUCAUACACAACGCUUGUCCCCGGCAGCACUUAUGGCCCCACUGGCAACACUCCAGUAAUGCCUGGCAACGGCAUGGGAUACAGACGCCGCCGUGUUUUCCGUCACCAUGCUCGCAAAGCUCGUUUCUGA